GGGUGAGAUUCACAAAUUUCCCAAUCAUAAGUUGAAGUAGGCCUCCGAUAACAUCAAACAGACUCUUGAACUCCAUUCCCCAUGAUGGCCAUGUCUUCCUGGUUCUCUCGCCUACGCCACUCCUCCAAGUCCUUACUCACCAUCUCCACUCCCCAUUUCCUCCGAUCAUCCUCCACCAACCUCCUUAAAACUUCAACAACAAACUCCGGCAGCUCCAAAACCCCAUUUCCGUUCUGGUCGCUCCCAAUCGCAGUCGCAGUCUCAGCUGCUGCUGGAUCACUCGCUCUCUACCCCCAAUCAAAUCUCCCGCGCUGUGAACCUCCCAAUCCCAAUUCUCGCACCGAGUUUGUGGUUAAAGGCUCGCACAAGCCAGUCCCGCAGGAACUUGUGAAUGAAUUGAAGGCUUUUUGUAAGGAUAACAUGACAAUGGAUUAUGAGGAGAGGUAUAACCAUGGCAAACCACUGAACAGCUUUCACAAAGCUGUCAACAUUCCUGACCUUGUUGUUUUCGCUCGGUCUGAAGAGGAAGUUUGUAAGAUAGUUAAGUUAUGCGACAAGCACAAGGUCCCUAUUGUACCUUACGGUGGAGCUACAUCAAUCGAGGGUCACACCUUGUCUCCCCAUGGAGGUGUUUGCAUUGACAUGUCAUCGAUGAAGAAUGUUAAAGCUUUGCAUGUUGAAGACAUGGAUGUCGUUGUUGAACCCGGCAUUGGAUGGAUGGAGCUUAAUGAAUACCUGGAGCCUUAUGGUUUAUUCUUUCCCCUGGAUCCAGGACCUGGUGCAACAAUUGGAGGAAUGUGUGCUACACGUUGCUCUGGUUCAUUAGCUGUCAGGUAUGGAACCAUGCGUGAUAACGUCAUCAGUCUCAAGGCAGUUCUUGCAAAUGGAGAGGUAGUGAAGACUGCAUCUCGUGCUCGAAAAAGUGCUGCAGGGUAUGAUUUGACACGCCUGAUGAUUGGAAGUGAAGGAACUCUGGGUGUAAUUACUGAAGUAACUCUACGACUGCAGAAAAUUCCCAAAUAUUCAGUGGUUGCUAUGUGUAAUUUCCCUUCAAUUAAGGAUGCAGCAGAUGUUGCUAUUACUACUAUGCUGUCUGGAAUACAAGUGUCAAGGGUUGAGCUACUGGAUGAGGUUCAAGUGAGGGCUAUCAAUAUUGCUAAUGGGAAAAAUUUGCCAGAAACUCCAACUUUGAUGUUUGAAUUUAUAGGCACAGAGGCAUAUUCACGUGAACAAACCCAAAUAGUUCAGAGGAUUGUGUCUGAACACAAUGGCUCAGACUUUGUUUUUGCAGAAGACACCGAUGCUAAAAAGGAACUCUGGAAGAUCAGGAAGGAGGCACUCUGGGCAUGCUUUGCAAUGGAACCUGAUUUUGAAGCAAUGAUUUCGGAUGUUUGUGUACCUCUGUCAUGCCUUGCAGAAUUGAUAUCUAGGUCCAAGCAAGAACUGGAUGCAUCAGAACUGGUUUGCACGGUUAUUGCUCAUGCUGGUGAUGGGAACUUCCACACAGUGAUUCUUUUCGAUCCCAACAAAGAAGAACAUCGCCGAGAAGCAGAAAGGUUGAACCAUUUUAUGGUUCAUACUGCCUUGUCAAUGGAAGGAACAUGUACCGGGGAACAUGGUGUUGGCACAGGAAAAAUGAAGUAUCUUGAAGAGGAACUAGGAGCAGAGGCUUUGAAGACCAUGAAAAGAAUAAAAGUAGCACUGGAUCCCAACAACAUUAUGAAUCCAGGAAAGCUCAUUCCUUCUCAUGUUUGUUUCUAAGCGCUUACUCUCUUUAUGCAAGUUUCUCAUCCAUGUGUGCACCCCUGUUGUAUCACUCACUCGGUGGUUGUUGUAACUAAGAAACACAACUAAAAGCAUAAAACUGCCUCUGUAUUACCCCUCUAUAUUAUGAAGGCAGUACAUAAAAAGGAUUACAGUAAUACAAAUUCACUAGCUAAUGAGUUGGUUUGAAAGUGAUAGUUUUCAUUUGUAAACUGAAGCCUGAAUCUUAUGAUAUCCUCAUAUUUAGUUGA